CUGGACUGUGCACUCACCCUUGGGGAGCAGCUUUAUUUGGGAAAUCAGAAUUUAUGAAUCUGUGGUAAGCACGGAGAAUUGGAUACUUUGUGUUGGUGUUGCUGGAUGAUGAGUUUGGUUUGGCUGUGUGCUUUGGACUGCUGGGAGGGAUGAAGGAUGCCUAAAGCUCCAUAUUCCAAAACCCUUGGUGGGGCUGUGUCUGAGUGCAGCCUUAUGCUUCAUACAAAGGGCUGCCUUUGGAGCUGCCCUGAUCUGCCAGGGAGAUGCCAGUCUGUGUCCUGCUUGUGUCCUGCCUGGGGCCCUGGUGAAAAGUCAGGCAGAUGGUGAUGGUGCCUGGGAAAAGCACUCGGCUGCCAUCCAGAGCUAUUUGCAGAGCUGCCGUGGGGUCUCAAGUGACUCUGAUGUGUGUGUCCCCUCUCCUGGGGGAGCUCAGGACAGGGACUGUGGUUGGGGACCUUACUCCAGAGAGACUGUCAUCCCUUCAGCAUUGUGAAAAGCUGGAACUCAGCAAAGGGCUGGUACCCAUGGGGAUGUGACUACCCAAAGGAAUUUUGUUUUUAGUCCAGGCCAAGGAAGCAGGAAAAUGUGGCAUCAGUGGGGAUUGUGUGGGGCCAAGCAGCCAGGGACCAGCAGCCAAGGGUGCUGAGCUGUGGGCAGGCAGAGGAGGCUCAGCCACACCACUGAUCUCUGCCACCUUCCAGCUGUUUCGUUUCUCCCACAGCAAAUUCCAGUGUGUGCAAGUGAUGCUCAGCCAGGCAUUUUUCCUGCCUAGGCAACACUCUGAGCUCCAGCAUGGUUUGCCAUAUCCUUCCAGCCCCCUCCCCAUCUUGCUGCAGGGAAGCUCAGCCACUUCCAAGAGCUCCGACUGCCUCCAUCCUCCAUCUCUGGGCACUUUCCUGGCCAAAGAGCACACAUAAACCAUAAAUCCCCCUGCUGGGUCUGAACGCAGUUACAGGACUGGAAAUACAGGUUCUAUUUCCCAGGGGGCAGAGGAAGGCUUGGCUGGUGCUGGAGUCGGCAGCCCCAGAAGGCACGGACAUGGAUGCCAUUCCAGAGGGCAUCUCUGCUGCUGAACCUCCUGCAGCCACACCUGGAGAGCAGCGGUGUCACAGCUCUGUGCUGGAGCCCUGCAUCCUGGAAUCCCAGUGGUGUGAGCAGGGAUGGGAGAGAUGGGAUGGCCCUGAGAUUAGCCCAGAUGUGGGAGAGAUGAGAUAUUCCAGGGAAAAUAGAUCAGGGAGGGCUCAGGGCUCCUGUUCAUGAAGUGAUGCCUGUAAAGGCUGAAGACCUUGGGCAGCUAUAGUGCAUGGACUCGUAUGGAGUUUUAUGGGACGGGGUUUUGGGUAACACAACAUCUGUCUCCAGGGAUUUCUCCCACAUUCCCAUGCUUGGGCUUUUGCCAAAUGAAGUGCAGUAUGAACUGGGCCCCAGUGGCUGGUGUAGGAUGUGGGGGGCUGCAAGCAGCCGUGGGGAGCGGGAGGCCUGGCAGCCCAGGUGAGACACAGGCACCAUUGAACCGGCUCGACAUAACAGCUGCUGCUCCGCUUCCCUCCCGGCUUCCCUGCCCCACCCGGGGCCCAGCUCAGCACCGCUGGGGCUGCAGCAGGUGGGGUAAACCUCCCAUCCUGGGCUGCUGGGCUGGGAGUGGGAGCUGCCAUCCCUACUGUCCCGGCGUGGCUGGGUGAGAUUUGGCAGCACCGAGGACUCCGUCCCCACACUCUGUGAGGAGUCUGUUAGUCUGUGGGGGUGAGCAGCUCCUCCUCUCCCCACCCAUGUGUCCGGAGGGAUGUGCCGGGGCUCUGCCCGCCGUCCAGCGCGGCCGAGCCGCUGGCAAACCCCAGAACCGCGGGGGCCUCGGUGUGGGGUGUAGUGGGGCAGGUUUCCACCCUUCAGCCUCUCCCUCCUCAUCCCGUGCCCGGGCUGGGCAGGGAAGCGGCCGGGGCACGGCCUCGGGGGUGGCAUCGGCCGGGGAGGAGGAGGAGGAAGAGGAGGAGGAAGGCGGGUGGGGCAGCGGCUCCUGCUGGCCCCGCGGCGCCGGGACCCGGCGGACGGAUCAUGGGCGGCCCCGAUGGGACGGAGGGGAGCGAGACCCCGGAGGGGAGCGGGGAACCCCCGAGGAGCAGCGGGGAACCCCCGAGGAGCAGCGGAGAUCCUUUGGGGCUGCCCCAGGACUACGAACUGUCCGGCAAGGUGAUGUUACUUGGAGACUCGGGCGUGGGGAAAACCUGCUUCCUGCUCCAGUUCAAAGACGGGGCUUUUCUCUCCGGGACGUUCAUAGCCACCGUGGGCAUAGAUUUCCGGAACAAAGUGGUGGUCGUGGAUGGUGUGAAGGUGAAGUUGCAGAUCUGGGACACAGCAGGACAGGAACGUUUCCGCAGCGUCACCCAUGCCUACUACCGGGAUGCCCAAGCCCUGCUCCUGCUCUACGACAUCACCAGCAAGAUGUCCUUCGACAACAUCCGCGCCUGGCUGACGGAGAUCCAUGAGUAUGCCCAGAAGGACGUGGUCAUCAUGUUGCUGGGCAAUAAGGCUGAUGUGAGCAGUGAGAGGGCUGUGAGGACAGAGGAUGGAGCAUCACUGGCCAGAGAGUACGGAGUGCCUUUCAUGGAGACGAGUGCCAAGACAGGCAUGAACGUGGAGCUGGCCUUCCUGGCCAUUGCCAAGGAGCUGAAGCAGCGUGCGGUGCAGUCGCUGGAUGAGCCCCGCUUCCAGAUCCAUGAUUACAUCGAGUCACAGAAGAAGAAACCCAGCUGCUGUGCCUUCUCCUGAGGGUAGCCCAGAGGAGCUGGCAGGCCUGGGGGCCAAGGCAGGAGGCAGAGCAAGGCCCAGUCCUGCCCUCAAGCACUGGAGGGAACCAAGCUCUGACAAGCCAAGGUGGAUGGGGCAGUACAGUGGAGCAGAGUGCAUGAGGAGAGCCCUUGUCCUGAUGCCAAGAUUCAAAUCCUGCUGCCCUGCAGAGCAAUGACCUGUGUGCCACCAUGGAAAUCACUAUGGUGUGGUGACUGCCAGCCGUGGUGAUCCAUCACCUCCAUCACAUGAGCAGGCCACAGCCACACACCUCACUGAGGGACCCUUGGAGUGGCUGGAGGGGCUGUGCCAUGGAUGAGCCCCCUUGGAGCCCCCGGUCCUGUCCUCCCCUGCAGCUAUUCCUGCUCACAGCACUGCUGUUGUUCAACUGGAAGGGCCUGGUCCAGUCCCCAUGUCCCUGGUGCUGCCAGGCUCUGGCUUCCCUCCAAGGAACCUCAACUCUGCCCCCUUGGGCUGCCCCACACCCUGAUGUCCACGCUCACUCGGCUGUGGCUCUUCAUUUCUGCAGUUGUUGCCAAUGGCUUUUAUCCUCCUGCCACCACAAAGGCAAUGAUGUCCCCAUUGUAUCCUGGUGCUGCUUGAGGGAAAGGCUGGAAGGGUCCAGUCAAACCUGCUCCCUGCCCACACAGCUGAUGUGAGAAGUAAAAUUCCCCUGGGAGCAUCCGAGCAAUGCUUGGGGCAUUUCUGGUACACAGCAAUUUGGAAAAACUUUGCUUCCUCCAUGUUGUAGCCACAGAAAUUAGAGAAUUUAUUUUUUUAACAAGAAAAGGCUUUUUCAUUUCAAUGCCUACAGACUAAACCACUCCAGCCUCCUGCAGGAGAUGCCCAUGGUGGCAUGGGUGAUGGUCCAGCCCCACCACCUCCCAGGCCAGGCUGGGUUUCUCCCCCAUCACUGCCCAUGUAAUACAACUAUGCCUUCCUGCUGCUGGCAAUUAGCAGCUGGAACCCGUUUUCUGCAAACCAGAUGCCUGAGAGCCUUCAGCUAGCAAACACUGCUCUGUUGGGGCUCAGGAACAUCCCUAGUGCUCAGCCCAGCUCUGUUGCUACCUCGAGCACUCUGUCCACUCCCCUGAGCACUAUCCAGAGAGGUCAGGGAGUAUUUGGUUGUGUAGCUGAAGCAUUGAUGCAGAGAGCAGCUGUGGAGGGUAUGGCACUCCUGCACGUAGGAGUCAGGGACUGUCCACCACAUCUGUCCCCAUCAGCAUCUUCCCUGGCCCUGUGCCUGACUGCUCGUGUCUUGCCUGCCCUGGUGCCUCCUUCACCUCUGCUCUGCCCCAGGGUCUCUUGUUUGCAAGUUUACAGAUUAAAGCUGAGUAUUUUUGAGGCUUUGCA